AUGUCGGAGGUGACCCGAAGUCUGCUGCAGUGCUGGGGUGCCAGCUUUAGGAGAGGCUCCAACUUCGACUCUUGGGGCCAGCUGGUGGAGGCGAUAGAGGAGUAUCAGAUAUUAGCAAGAUACCUACAAAAAGAGGCCCAAGCUCAGCACAGUAAUUCUGAAUUCACCGAAGGACAAAAGAGAACCAUGGGCAAAAUGGCAACGUGCUUGGAAUUAAGAAGUGCAGCUUUAAAAUCCACACGGUCCCAAGAAGAAUUUAAACUGGAGGGUCUGAAGAAGCUAGAACCAAUCCUAAAGAAUAUUCUUACAUAUAAUAAAGAAUUCCCAUUUGAUGUUCAGCCUGUCCCCUUAAGAAGAAUUUUAGCACCUGGUGAAGAAGAGAAUUUGGAAUUUGAAGAAGAUGAAGAAGAGGGUGGUGCUAGAGCAGGGUCUCCUGAUGCCUUUCCUGCUAGAGUUCCCCGUACUUUAUUACCAAGGUUGCCAUCAGAACCAGGAGUGACGUUACUCACUAUCAGAAUUGAGAAAAUUGGCCUGAAAGAUGCUGGGCAAUGCAUUGAUCCUUAUAUCACAGUUAGUGUAAAAGAUCUGAAUGGCAUAGAUUUAACUCCUGUGCAAGAUACUCUGGUGGCUUCAAGAGAAGAAGAUAUGUAUGUUCAUUUUAAUGUGGACAUGGAGCUCCAGAAGCAUGUUGAAAAAUUAACCGAAGGUGCAGCUAUUUUCUUUGAAUUCAAACACUACAAGCCUAAAAAAAGGUUUACCAGCACCAAGUGUUUUGCUUUCAUGGAGAUGGAUGAAAUUAAACCUGGGCCAAUUGUAAUAGAACUAUACAAGAAACCCACUGACUUUAAAAGAAAGAAAUUGCAAUUGCUGACCAAGAAACCACUUUAUCUUCAUCUGCAUCAAACUUUGCACAAGGAAUGAUCGUGACAUGAAUACCCUGGAACUUCUGUGAAUCUUACCACUCAGUAGAAACCAUCCUAGCUCUGUGUAGCCUAUUCACCCUUCAACAGGCAGGAAGCAAGCUGUACCCAGGCCAGCAGGCCAGAGUGAGUCCAUUACAAAGCUGUAGCACAGAAUUCAAAGUCCAGCACGUCACUGAUGUAAAAGACUCCUUUGGAUACAGGCUUAUUGUAGAUCUUGAAACGUUUUCACUUUUCUAUUAAUUGUGCAAUGAAUAGCCUCUUUUCUAAUGUGCCACUACUCCUGCCCUGCUUCCUGGAACGACACUGUUGUGGGUGGAAUGUGCUCACCUUCACACUUAAUUCAGCAAUAAGAGUGUGCUAGAGUUUACACGCCUGUCCACUUCUGCGCCAAUAUGCUCUUUGGUUUUUCGAGUUAAUGUCAAACUUUGGGUUGAUG